UAGUCAAAAAAGAAAGCUACACAAGGAAUUAUUAAAUGCUGUAAUAAAAAAUUACGCAUAGAGGAGUGUGCCUGGGGGAAUGGCGAUAUUGUAUUCGUUGGUGGCUCGGGGACCGGUGGUGCUUGCGGAGCACAGCGCGACGUCGACGAACGCGAGCACCAUCGCCAGGCAGGUGCUUGAGAAGAUCCCCGGGAACAACGACACCAACAUUUCAUACUCUCAGGAUCGCUACAUUUUCCACGUCAAACGCACCGAUGGCCUUACCGUCCUCUGCAUGGCCGACGACGUCGCCGGAAGAAGGAUUCCAUUUGAUUUUCUGGAGGAGAUUCACCAAAGGUUUGUGAGAACCUAUGGCAGAGCAGUGCUAUCUGCACAAGCGUAUGCCAUGAAUGAUGAAUUCUCAAGGGUUCUUGCACAGCAAAUGGAAUAUUACUCCAAUGACCCAAAUGCGGAUAGAAUAAACCGGCUAAAAGGUGAAAUGAGUCAGGUGCGCAAUGUUAUGAUUCAAAACAUUGAUAAAGUUCUCGAGAGAGGAGAUCGUUUGGAAUUGCUUGUUGAUAAAACUGCUACAAUGCAAGGAAACACUUUGCGCUUCAAGAGGCAGUCCCGGCGCUUUAGGAGUGCUGUAUGGUGGAGAAAUGUUAAGCUUAUAGUUGUGGUAACAUUCCUCGUGCUGGCCCUCAUCUACGCUAUUUUAGCCUUCGCUUGUCAUGGGCUUGCACUUCCAUCCUGUUUGAAGUGAUCAAAAUUCAGCUUCCAACGUCUUUCUCCUUAACUCGUUGUUUCAUACAUGUAAAUUAUACUCUGUAUGUUUUUAUAUGUAUAUGUGUAUGUAUAUCCACUCUUUUACGUCAUAAAAUGAAAUUUUACAUGUACAAUUGUACAGAACUAUAAAUAACUUGCAAGCAAACUUGCAAUCAAAUUGCUCAUAUAAUCACAAUUGAUGUAAAUGUAAUUUGAAAUGUUACUUCAA